CCGGAGCGGGGGGUGGUGGAGGCGCCGGUGGUGCCGGGCGGUGCGUGUGCCCGCGGCGCGUCCAGCAGCGGGAUUCCCUUCAGCGUUGAACGGAAGCAGCGUGGCCGAGCUGCUCGGACACCCGCAGCCCUUGUGUUGCGGUUCCCCAUCCUCCUUGUUUCGGCGAACUUUGCGAGGAACAGGCUGGGCGGUGCACGGAGACCGGCCGAGCACCGGCUCGGUGCGGGGGCAGCGACGGGAGCCCUGUGCAUCAUGAGGUCGGGUCACAGUCUGAGAGCAGGAGUAGGAGGAGGAGGAACCGCAAGGAGCUGCUGAGUGUGAAGGGUGGGAGAUGGAGAGCAGUGGCGAGGAGAAAGUAGAAUUGGAAGAUAUAUUGAAAAGACUGAAAGAAGAUGGAAUUAACACUGAUGCCCACAGCAGAAAUGAGCAUCUGUGUCAUCUCUGGCGUAUAUACCAGCGAUCUGAGGCCAUGUUGCAAGCCACCAAACAGGAUCUGGAGGGGUUGCAAAAGCAGCAGGCCGCCGAGAUGACAGAGGUGGAUAAUUAUGUGAAUCACAUUCGCAACUUGUCCGUGGAGCGAGAGGCAGUGACGGCCGAAUAUGAGCGGGAGAAUGAAUUACUGAGGGCGGAACUACAACAGCUGCAGCUGGAGCGAGAAACACAAGUAAAGGAAGUGCAGGAGAUGCUGGAUCAGGAAGGGCUUGCAGAGAUCGCUCAUAGUGGCUCAAGUGAACAGGUAGCCUACCUCCUUGUGGAGCGUGCUACACUGCUGGAAAAAUUGGAAUUGGCAGAGAGGAAAGUGGAGAACAUUACAGGGAAUCUCCAUGGGAUACAAUUUCAGGUAGAGUUGGACCAGAUGCAGCAAACUAUGGAAGAGGAAUUGAAACAGCAGCGGGAGUCCAUGCAACGUACCAAGGAAACCAUGGCAAAGGAUCCUUUAUCUCAACCUUCGAGUCCAUGGAAGAAGCUGUUUGGGAUCCGUCAGCAGGCACACAGUAUCUCCAAAGACGUAGCUACCCAUGAAGCUGACUUACAUAAAGAGAGGAAACUACGGGAACGAGCAGAACAAGACCUGGAUGAGGCAGCACAGCGGUUGCAGAUGGCACACGAGGAGAUACGUCGACUAACAGAUGAAUUGGACAUGGAGAAGAAAGUACACAGCAACAUUGAUUUCACUGAAUUAGACAAAGCAAAAGAAGAGAAUAACAAACUGGAUCAAGAAAUUCUGUCAUUACGCAAUCGUGUACGAUCAUUGGAUACUGAACGGAAAUCUCUCUUAGAAACAGUUGAAAGCCUUCAAAAAAUCCAACCAUUACAGACUGAACAAAGCAGUAAUCCACAGGACAUGGAACAGUUCACACCAUCUUUCAAGUCUUCAGACUUCAACAUAAAUGACAACCUUAGUCAAGAUUUGGACGCAGAAUCAGCUACUUCAGAUCCACACCCUUCAACUUAUGACGGUCAUCAUCCAAGAUCAGAGGAACUCCACAAAAGAUGCCACCAUGAGAUCAGUCGGCUUGAAUCCAAGAACCAUGAGUUGCAGCGUAAGUUGCAUAAACAUCAACAAGAGCUUGAAGAGGUGACGUUGAGGAAUGAGUCUCUUGAGUCCGCUCUGGAAAGUUACAGGAAUCGCUCAAAGGAUGACAGACAUGGCACUGACUGUGAAAAGGAAGUACUCAGAGCCAAGGUCAACAGCAUGGAAGCUGAUUACCUAAAACUGAAGCGGAAGUACAAGGAACUUAAAGCCAGAAGUCAUGAUCUGGGUAGAGACCAAGAUAUUCAGGAGCAUGUAAAGAAGAGUCGAGAAGCACUGGAGAGUACACAGCUAAGGCUUGAAGAAGAAAUUAAAAAGCGGGAACAGUUGGAAUCUGCACUAGUAGCUGCUGAACAGUCAAAAAUACGAGAAGAUGAGGAGUUGGAAGCUUUCAGAACUCAAGUGCACCAUCUGAAUUUGGAGCUGAAGGAUUGUCGUGCAGCAGCGGACCAGAAUCAAACAUUAAAUCAAGCCCUUGAAAGGAUGAAGAAGGAGAACUGUACUCUAGAGCAGAAGUUCAACAAGAUAGUGGAGGAUUACAAAGACAUCUGCAAAAGCCAGAAAGAGACAUCAAGCAGUGAUUGGAAAGAUAUGGCAGAGGGAUAUCUGUGCCAGAUAGCUGAAUUGAAGAGCACCAUACUCAACCUCGAAGAAGCAUUAAACAGCAAUACAAUGACUGAUGCUUCUGAGAAGAAAGUAGAAUGUCUGCAGCAGCAGCUCAACACACUACUAAAGGAAAAUCAGCAGCUAAAUCAGGAGAAGCUUAUUUUACGGCAGCAGUUCUGUACCAACCAACAGGGCAGCCAGAUUCUGAAUCAGGAGUAUGCAAGCCUACGGCAGCAACUCCUUUGCUACCAGCAGGAAAACAAAGUUCUAACACAGGAAAAUUGUUCAGUACGGCAACAGCUGGCAAGCUGCCAACAGGAGAACCAGUGCCUGACCCAAGAAGUAUGUAACAUACAGAAACAGCUGAAUGACCUAAUGCACUCCAAAGAAAAAGUGGAAGACAGCAUUACUCAGGUGCAGCUCCAGGCUCUGAAGCUGGAAAUGAGCCACAUGCAGUCUUCCCUAGAAUUUGAACAGAAAAAUUCUUGCCAGCAGAAACAAACCCUGGAAAUGCAGCUUGAGGAAUCAAACAGUAGGGUCAAGUCGCAAGAAGCUUUGCUGGCCCAGCACGCAGAAGAGUCACGUCAACUGCGACUUGACUUGCAGAGGGUACACAAUCUGUGCAGCAGCGCUGAGAAAGAACUGAAGUACAAGAGAGAACAAAUAAUGGAACUGCAAAAGCAAAAUUCUCUACUUGAUCAGGAAAAUACCAGGCUGAACUUGGAUUUUAAAACAGUGCAGUGCAGGCUUUCAGAAAUGGAUAAACACGCCAUAAUGUUGAAAUCAGAAUGUGAAAUUAAACAACAGAGGCUAAAAGAAAUGGAACUGGAUUCUGGCAAGAAUUUCCACCUCGCAAAACAGUUAAAGUGCAUGCAAGAAGAACUCGUAGCAGAAAAGAACAGAAAUAUAUGUGCAGAGAAAAAGACUGCAGAGUUACAGCAGCAACUGGGCAGCCUUCAGCAUCAACUACGACUCUCAGAAGCUCGAAAUAAGGAGAGGGUGACAUUGGAAGCUGAACUUAAGGAGAGCAGAGAAGCAGCAGCCAAGCUCAAGAAUCAGCUACAAGAGGAAACCCUUCAGAGGAAACUUGCAGAUCAGAAUACAGAAGAGCUACAGCAACAAAUAAAAUCAAUGCAAGAAAAGGAAGGGUGUUUAUCACGUGGCAAAUGUGACCUUCAGCUGCAAUUACAUCAACAGGAGGCACGACUGCAAGUUUUGGAAGAAGAAAAGGAAGCCAUGUGUUCUGAGAAUCUCUGCAUUCAAAAGGCUAAUAAGAAGUUGUCAGAUGAUCUGUGUUCACGCAAACAAGAAAUAGACAAACUUAAGGAAGAACUGCAGAAUAUUCUCCAACAAUUGGAUUCACAAGUCAGAAUCUAUAAUGAGAAACAAGUGAGACACAAACAGAAACUGCGUAAAGCUAAAGAGAUUUUUAUCCGUGAAGUGAUGCUGCGGGAUGGUAAAAUAAAACAUCUGGAAACUGAGAUCAAGUUGAUGAAAAACCUGAUGGAUAAGGAACAUGCCUGGAACAUGAAGGUUACUUAUGAAAAUGAUCUGCUCCUUGUUGAAAAGAGAGAGCUUCUACAACAGUUAAAUGAGCAGGAGAAUGCUGUACGGAACAACACUUCAGAUGUCUGCAACGUAAAGCACAGAUCUACCAGCUGUGGUGCACACACAUCGUUGGUGUCGUCAGCAACAAAAAGUCCAAAUGAGCGAUGCCAACGGAAAUCCCAUAAAUCGGCAUCCAGGAUUAACAAUUUAGAAGAGGAGAACAAACAACUUCAAGAUGAGACAGUGAAGUUGAGUGACCGGCUUGGGUCGUUGGAGAACUCCCUGAGAAUAAUUAAGACGGACCCUGGCAAGUUUCCGCACCAUGACGGUUUAUCUGUAUCCUUUGCUGAUGAGCCUUGCAAGUUUCUGUACAGUGACACUUCUGUAACAAAUGGCAACUUCCUAUCUUCAACACGUGAAACACCAUCACCUAGUGGUAGUAACAAUCUUGGUAAUUUAGACAGCAUCCGACGUGGCAAGACAAUGGGUGUUCUGAUGCUACAAAAUCCUCAUAUACUCCAUCCAGGCCGUACCAGUCAGAUGUGGGCUACCUGAACUUAUCAAGCUGUUCACGGUUCAGGGACCAGGAUGAUACCGAAGUCUAGGCAGUGAUGAUGUGUGAUCUGAAGUUGACUGAGACAGAAGUAGAUCUGAGUACAAUUUAAGUGGAUCCUGAUGGGUGCUACUCAAAGAAAAUUCGAAGACUGAAUGAUCCACGAGGUGUUUCUAUCUGGAGUUAAAGUAAUGCUGGUAACGGAGCCAGGGACAUACUGAUUCAACAUGCAGCAAACUGUUGUCUUUGUCACGUUGCCUAACAGGAAUAUUAACACAUCUUUCUCUGGAUGAGUAGUGAUAGAUUGGCUGCAAUACCUGUCUUGGCACUGGUCCAGCUAUUGCAUUUACAAGCACACGAACGCUGGAAUUGUACCAGUAUUUCAAAUGUCAUGGGUACAGGUUGGGCAUGUAAAACACUGUGGUUCUGUGGUACUAAUGUCCCCAAUCCUCUCCCAGUGUAAAAAUGAACUUUGGUGCUGCUAUCCACUUUGAACAAUGCAAAGAAAGAGUUCAUUUGUAUGAGUAAUUGGUUUUGCCAGGAUGUAAUUUAAAUUCCUUAUUUGUGCUAAGUUUUGCAAUGGUACUUGUAAAGUAAUUUUAUUUCAGUAAAUUUCCACAGUUUAGAAAACAUUAAGGCAUUAGUAUUAGAAAAUAGUACUAGUAAUUAAGAUGAUAAAGCUCCAUGUUGAGACUACUUGCUCAACCUAAUGCCUUCUUGCACUGCCUUAGUGCCAGAUUGCUUUCUCCUGAGGUUUUGAAUUGAAUACAAUUACUUCUGGCCUGAUUGCUUGGUGGAUAAAGCAUGAGAGAGAGUCGUGUUGAAGAAGGGAUUGAAGAAGGAGAGCAAAUAAUUGCACUAGAAACAUAUUUAUGGACCUCUAAAAUGUGUCAGGUAAUUUCUAACUUAACUCCCAACAGAUGACACUAAAAAAUGGGAACGCAAGCAUGCAGAAAUGAAGGAGAGUAACACUGUUUCAGUACUGGCUAAUGUUCUCCUCUGAAGUAAUGUUGCCUUUUCCAUAUUCAUGGCAAACCAGCAGUCACAGCUUUUGAAGUGAUUUAAGGAGAUGAUGCAUUGGCACUACCAGUAAAACAGGUAGUGCAAUGCAGGUUUAUCCUUCGAAGUAAGUUCCCUUCUCAGUUGUGCCUUGGGUGGGGUAGAGUAGUAGUAGUAGUGGAGUUUUGAUAAUUCCCCGAAGGACAGUCUGAGGGAGGAGUCACCCAAGACUGUUUCUCACAUGUCUCCAAGUAGGACAAGAGCAGCACUGGCAGAGACCCCAGAGUAGGUCUCCACUCAUGGACUGGUGCUUGGAAUGCAGGAAUUUCUAAAUGAAAAGGAGAAAAACAUAAUUUAAAAUAAAUGGACCAAACAAUGUGAGAUUGGAACUCUGUUAAUUUAGCAGUUGGGUACUAAGGCAACUCUCCAACUAACUGCCAUUAAUCUAGAUUUGAUACACUUUGUCUCAUCUUGUCCAAGCAAGAAAUAAUGACUUUCAUAUUCAAGUAUAUCUGUUACUGAUACUAGAAGUCAGUUUCUACACAUUGGGUUGAGGGAACUUACGGAUUUGGUGUCUACAUUUCUUUGUUAUGUUGUUCUGUUAUGUUAUAUUGUUCACUAUGCUUCCUAUGUAAUGGAGUGACCCAGCUGGAGUUUGCCAAGCUGGAACUAAUGAUCUGCACCAUCAUCUGCUGCAAGGAUGCUGUCUUUGCAGCAGAGUUUGGAACAGUCAUGCUUACUAUUGCGUUCUUCAAAACUCACUGUACAUGGCACUCUUGUGCAGCUGAUUGUUGUCUCUGCUCAUGACCUGGUUGAGCCAGAUCAUUUGCUUCCUGUACUAACAUGGAUUCCACAUCUGGUGUGUGCGCUGGUCAUAGUGCUUUGGUGCUGGUGAUUUUGUCAGACCUUUUACUUCCUAUUAUGCUGUGGGAAAAGCGAAAUCAGGAGGACUUAAAAAAAAAGGGACAUGAGGUAGCUUUAGCAGAUAAGGAGAGUCCUCAGAGAUUCCAUAAGUAUUUUAAGAGCAAAAGCGUAACUAGGGAGAGAAUAGGGCUCCUUUAAGAUCAGUGUGUGGUUGUGUGUGUGUGGAGCCACAGGAGAUGGGCAAUGUCUUAAAUGAAUAUUUCUCAUAGAGAAGGUUAUGGAAUUUGAGGAGGAGAAUAAUGAUGUCUUGAAACAUAUCCACAUUACAAAGAGGAGGUGCUGGCGGUCUUAAAGCGUAUAAAGGUGGAUAAAUCCCCGGGACCUGACCAAGUGUAUCCUAGGAUAUUGUGGGAAGCAAGGAAAGAAAUUGCUGGAGUCCUGGCAAAGAUAUUUGUAUCAUCAUUAGCCACGGGUGAGGUACUGCGAAGGCUGGAGGGUGGCUGAUGUUGUGCCUUUAUUUAAGAAAGGCUGCAAGGAUAAAC